ACACGAACUCCAACUUGUCAGCAAACAGAAGGGGGAGGGGACCAACAUAUGGCAGUCAUAUUUCUGAAGCUGAAAUAAUGUGUUAGACGUUUUAUUGUGUUGUUUACCUCGCAGAAGGUAAUUGGCUGAUAGAUGUCCACCACCAAUGAGCCACCAGUUGGGAUGUCCCAUGCUGGCCCCUCACCAGGUGCUGGCCUGUCUCCGGGGCCCAUCCUAGGGCCCAGCCCUGGACCCGGCCCCUCUCCUGGCUCUGUACACAGCAUGAUGGGCCCAAGCCCUGGGCCCCCAAGCGUCCCGCAUGCUAUACAGGGCCAAGGGGCUGGAGAGUACUCACAGGACAUGCAACCAAUGCAUAAGCCAAUGGAGGGAAUGCAUGAGAAGGGGAUGGGAGACGAUAUGCACUAUGGCCAGAUGAAGGGGGUGGGCAUGAGAUCCCUGCACAGUGGCAUGGGUCCUCCACAGAGCCCUAUGGAUCAACACAGUCAAGGAUACAUGUCCCCUCAUCCCUCGCCAUUGGGCCAGGUGCCGGAGCAUGUGCCUAGCCCUAUGUCAGGAGGAGGGCCGAACCCGCCGCAAAUGUCUCAGGGUCAGUCGCCCAUGAUGCCCAUGGAUCCGCAGGGGAUGGGACAGCAGGCGAGGGGUCAGUCUGCCUUCAGCCCAAUCCAGCUACAGCAACUCAGGGCUCAGAUCCUGGCUUACAAGAUCCUGGGCCGUGGUCAGCCUCUGCCUGAAAAUCUGCAGUUAGCUGUGCAGGGCAAGAGGAGCCUCCCCACCAUGCAGCAGCAGCCCGUCAAUACUGGCCCCUACAACAGACCUCCAGGUAUGCCAAUGACUCAUGGAGGGCCUGCGACUGGCCCGUGUCCCUCUCCAUCCAUGCAGACUCUUACCCAGAGCUCUGGGCCAAAACCGUGGCCUGAAGGUCAAGGUGCAGAGACCCCCAGCACUCCACAGAAGCUGGCGGUCCCAGCGCCCAGCGGCAGACCCUCUCCAGCUCCCCCGCUGGCCCCCACCGGUGCACAACCUGUGCCCAGCACCUCUCUCACCUCCCAACCCCAACCUCAGCCACCGUCUGGACCAGGCCAGCCCUCUCUCAUCAUCCAGCUCCAGCAGAAACAGAAUCGCAUCACCCCGAUUCAGAAGCCUCAGGGUCUGGACCCUGUUGAACUCUUGCAAGAGAGGGAAUACCGACUUCAGGCCAGGAUUGCUCACAGAAUUCAGGAGCUGGAGAAUCUUCCGGGGUCGCUGCCGCCUGAUCUGAGGACGAAAGCAACCGUGGAGCUGAAGGCCUUAAGACUGCUCAACUUCCAGCGGCAGCUGAGGCUAGAUGUUGUAGCCUGCAUGCGCCGAGACACAACUCUGGAGACUGCCCUGAACUCCAAGGCCUACAAGCGCAGCAAGAGACAGACCCUGAGAGAAGCUCGCAUGACUGAGAAACUAGAGAAGCAGCAGAAAAUCGAGCAGGAGAGGAAGCGCCGACAGAAACACCAGGAGUAUCUCAACAGCAUUCUGCAGCAUGCAAAAGAUUUCAAGGAAUAUCACAGGUCCAUCUCUGGAAAAAAUCAAAAGCUGUCCAAAGCCAUUGCUACCUGGCACACUAACACAGAGAGAGAGCAGAAGAAGGAGACUGAAAGAAUCGAGAAAGAGAGGAUGAGGAGACUGAUGGCGGAGGAUGAAGAAGGUUACAGGAAGCUAAUUGACCAGAAGAAGGACAAGCGUCUUGCCUACCUUCUUCAACAGACAGAUGAAUAUGUGGCCAACCUGACUGAGCUUGUCUAUGAGCACAAGGCUGCUCAGGCUGCAAAGGAGAAGAAGAGGAAGAGAAAGAAGAAAAAGAAGGAAGCUGGUGAGGCCGAAGGAAUGGGAGCCAUCGGGCCUGAUGGAGAGCCCAUAGAUGAGAACAGCCAGAUGAGCGAGCUGCCAGUCAAAGUCAUUCAGACAGAGACUGGGAAAGUGCUGCAGGGGACAGAUGCCCCCAAGUCCAGUCAGUUAGAGGCUUGGCUCGAGAUGAACCCUGGCUAUGAAGUUGCUCCCCGGUCAGACAGUGAAGAGAGUGGCUCGGAAUUUGAAGAGGAGGAUGAUGAAGAGGUGGUCUCCAGAGCCGAAUCCGAAGAAAAGAAAGUCAUCGAUCCCAACAGUGAUGAAGUAUCUGAAAGAGCAGCCAAGCACAUCAUAGAUUCUGCUAAGCAGGAUGUGGAUGACGAGUACAGUGUUCAGGCGGGAGAGACCAGCUCCCAGUCUUACUAUGGAGUGGCCCAUGCAGUCAUAGAGAGGGUGGACAAACAGUCCACCCUUCUGAUCAAUGGGACCCUCAAACAUUACCAGAUCCAGGGUCUGGAAUGGAUGGUGUCUCUGUACAACAACAACCUGAAUGGUAUUCUGGCCGAUGAGAUGGGUCUGGGGAAGACCAUUCAAACUAUCGCCCUUAUCACCUAUCUGAUGGAAAACAAGAGGCUCAAUGGGCCGUACCUCAUCAUCGUACCGCUCUCGACUUUGUCUAACUGGGUUUAUGAGUUGGACAAGUGGGCACCAAGUAUUGUGAAAAUUUCCUACAAGGGCACACCAUCAAUGCGGAGGUCUUUUGUGCCGCAGCUCCGCAGUGGGAAGUUUAAUGUCCUUAUAACCACCUACGAGUACAUCAUUAAAGACAAGCACAUUCUCGCCAAGAUUCGCUGGAAGUAUAUGAUUGUGGACGAGGGUCACCGCAUGAAAAACCAUCACUGCAAGCUCACGCAGGUGUUGAACACCCACUACGUCGCUCCCAGAAGGCUGUUGCUCACUGGGACCCCUCUACAGAACAAAUUACCUGAGCUCUGGGCCCUGCUCAACUUCCUGUUGCCCACCAUCUUCAAAAGCUGCACCACCUUUGAGCAGUGGUUCAAUGCUCCAUUUGCAAUGACUGGAGAGAGGGUGGAUCUAAAUGAAGAGGAGACCAUCCUCAUCAUUCGCCGUUUGCAUAAGGUAUUACGUCCCUUCCUUCUGCGCAGACUGAAGAAAGAAGUGGAGUCCCAGUUACCUGAGAAGGUGGAGUAUGUCAUCAAAUGUGACAUGUCAGCCAUCCAGAAGGUUCUGUACAGGCACAUGCAGGGCAAAGGUAUCCUGCUCACUGACGGCUCAGAGAAAGACAAGAAGGGUAAAGGAGGAGCCAAGACUUUAAUGAACACCAUCAUGCAGCUGAAGAAGAUCUGUAACCAUCCCUACAUGUUUCAGCACAUUGAGGAAUCCUUCGCUGAACACUUGGGAUAUCCAAAUGGCAUUAUCAGCGGCCCUGACCUGUACCGUGCCUCUGGCAAGUUUGAGUUACUGGACCGCAUCCUGCCCAAGCUGAAGGCCACCAAUCACAGAGUGCUUCUGUUCUGUCAGAUGACCACCCUCAUGACCAUCAUGGAGGAUUAUUUUAGCUACCGUAACUUCCUCUAUUUGCGUCUGGAUGGAACUACAAAGUCUGAGGACCGGGCAGAGCUUUUAAAGAAAUUCAACAGUGAAGGCUCCCAGUAUUUUAUCUUCCUGUUGAGCACCAGGGCAGGUGGUUUGGGCCUCAACUUGCAAGCUGCAGACACCGUUGUGAUCUUUGACAGCGACUGGAACCCCCACCAGGACUUGCAGGCACAGGACCGAGCCCACCGCAUCGGCCAGCAGAAUGAAGUACGCGUACUGCGUCUGUGCACUGUUAACAGUGUGGAGGAGAAGAUUCUAGCAGCGGCCAAAUAUAAACUGAACGUUGAUCAGAAGGUCAUUCAGGCAGGCAUGUUUGAUCAGAAGUCCUCUAGCCAUGAACGUAGAGCCUUCCUGCAGGCUAUUCUGGAGCACGAGGAACAGAAUGAGGAGGAAGAUGAAGUUCCAGAUGAUGAAACUCUCAAUCAAAUGAUUGCUCGUAAUGAGGACGAAUUUGAGCUUUUCAUGCGCAUGGAUUUGGACCGCCGUCGAGAGGAUGCGCGCAACCCUAAGCGUAAACCUCGGCUAAUGGAAGAGGAUGAGCUGCCAUCAUGGAUCCUGAAGGAUGAUGCAGAGGUGGAGCGGCUGACCUGUGAGGAGGAGGAGGAAAAGAUUUUCGGCCGGGGAUCUCGUCACCGCAGAGAUGUCGACUACAGUGACGCAUUGACGGAGAAGCAGUGGCUAAGGGCUAUAGAGGAUGGCAACCUGGAGGAAAUCGAGGAGGAAAUACGACUGAAGAGGCGCAAGCGUAGGAGACAUGUGGACAAAGACAUGAGGCGUGAGGACGGAGACAAGGCCAAGAAAAGGAGAGGACGCCCUCCAGCAGAGAAGCUCUCCCCAAACCAUCCCAAACUCACAAAACAGAUGAAUGCUAUUGUCGAUACUGUCAUCAAUUACAGAGACGCAUCAGGCCGUCAGCUCAGCGAGGUCUUUGUGCAGUUGCCCUCCAGGAAAGAGCUCCCUGAAUACUAUGAACUGAUAAGGAAGCCAGUGGACUUCAAGAAGAUCAAGGAGCGUGUGCGCUGCCACAAGUACAGAAGUGUGAGCGAUCUGGAGAAAGAUGUCAUGCUUCUUUGUCACAAUGCUCAGACUUACAAUCUAGAGGGCUCACAGAUCUAUGAGGACUCCAUUGUUCUCCAGUCAGUAUUCAAGAGUGCCAGACAAAAGAUUGCCAGGGAGGAGAGUGAUGAUGACAGCAAUGAUGAUGACGAUGAUGAGGAAGAUUCAGAGGAAGAGUCUAAGUCAGUGAAGGUGAAAAUUAAGCUGAGUAAACGGGACGAGAGAUGUCAGGACAAAGGCAAGAAGAGACCGAGUCGUGGAAAGGCUAAGCCUGUGGUCAGUGACGAUGACAGCGAGGACGAACAAGAGGAGAACGAGCAGUCAGAGGGGAGCCAAAGCGACGAUGAGUGAGGAGGAGAUGAGCUGAUCAUCAGCAUUCCUUUCACACGUUUAUUUGCUUCUUUUAUUGUCUUUCCUCACCCUGCUGAAUUAUAAGAUUCGGCUUCCAAUAUGAUUUAUUGUUUCUUUUCUCUUUUUUGUAUUCUUUUAUUCUAUGUUUAAACACUUUGUCUUGCGCUAUUAUCCCACUGUUGAAUAAUCUACAGUUUUUUGCACCUUCAAUAGCUUACAGUUAUUUCCCUACAUGUAGUGAAGUAUUUUAGAGAUAAUUUAUGUAUGCUUGUAUAUAAUUGACAUUUAUGCAAUGUUUAAAAAUAUAUGUUUGAUAAAAGAAAAAUCUGAAUUGCAUCAAAGAACGUCAUUUAUAAGCUAUUCAAACCUUUUUCCCCUUGGUUAAACCAGUUGUUUCAAAUUUAUGAAGCAUAUCAAAAAGUAUUCAAGUGUUACUUAAAGUGAAGUCCUCAUAGCAUUUCGUAUAAUCUAGAUUAGAUCAUAUAUUAUAGUGACUUCUAUAUUGUAUUGCAUGCAGCACAAAAGCCAGCAGAGAUUACAAAUGUGUUUGAGAUGGGAGCACUAUUCAGCCCUGUACCGUUUCAGUGGUAUGUGAUAUACGAAUUUGACCAGCUUUGUAUCAUAUACAUAGAUGUGGCGAUUUCUCUUUUUCCUAUUCGGUGUCUUUCCUUCACUGGUUUUAUACUCUGCAGUCGGACAUGCACAUUUCACCUUCACUUUCAGUUACAGUGGAAUGAAGAGUGUCUCACAAUAUUUCAAAGCUCAUGUAGAUAAGACAAUCAGUAUUUUAAAGCAUAUUGUUUAAAUAUAAACCAGGUCAGAUUGGCUACCCUUUUCCCCUAUGGAUAUUUUU